UACGUUUGCUUGCCAACCGCCACUAAAUCAAAAGAAGAAGAGGAACAUCCGUUGUAAACACAUAAUAAUUUUCGUUAUCAUGGAAGCUGUUGUUGAUGAGGUUGUUGCCCCAGAGGAUCUGGAGAAAUUUGAGAAGAAAUACAAGGCAGAGUUAUCAAAGGGUUCUGUGUCUAAAGACACGCAGUUCGAGUAUGCGUGGUGUCUGAUCAGGAGCAAACACCCGGAGGACAUCAAGAAGGGAAUAGUGCUGCUCGAUGAACUUAUCCAUAAGGGUACCAAGGAUGACCAGCGGGAUUAUCUGUUUUACCUGGCUGUUGCCAAUUAUAAGCUCAAGGAAUAUGAGAGAGCUCUGAAAUACAUCAAGAAUUUACUGAGGAAUGAACCAGGAAAUUCUCAAGCUGAAGAACUGGAGAAACUCAUUGAUAAAGCCAUGAAGAAAGAUGGGCUGGUUGGAAUGGCAAUUGUUGGUGGCAUUGGCCUGGGUUUGGCUGGAUUGGCUGGUCUCAUUGGUUUAGCUGUGGCUAAGAAAUCUGCAUAAGAGGAUGCGCCGAGCCAAAUCAUAAUGCCUUGCAAAUGAGAAAAGUAUUAAGCCAUUUUUUGGGUUUAGAGUCAUCAUGACACUGACAGAGAACAGAUUAACUCGCUGUUGCCUUACUAACUUUUCCUCCAGAUAAAGCCAGUGCUUUUUAAAGUCAGAAAAAUUUCACAUUUAUAGCAAAACAGAGCUGCACCUUUUCACAUUGCUCUUAAGAAAAAAGUAGGAACGCCCACAAUAUCUUUUUUUUGUCACGAAAUGUAUAAAAGGGAUUUAAUAAUAUAGAUCUUAAAACAUAUAGCAUUUAAUUGUUUGAACUUAUUUAUUCUUUGUAUCUGUAAUAGUUUUAGCUUAUUUAUUCUUUGAUUUUGGUACAAAUGCCCUGUACCAUCACUGAGCAUGCAAAAAUAUAGAUAUACAUCAGCAGCUGCAAUGGAAAAUUAAUUAAAUUGUUCAUUAACUAAAUAUAUAUAUAUA